AUGAAAUCUUUGAAUGCACGGUCAAGAUUUAUCGAGACCUUGAGAGGCGAUUUGCCCCUCCGACGAAUACUAUUGCGCACCAAGAUUGAGGUAAAGAAAGUUCUAAAGAAUUCGACUUUAGGCGAAAAAUUUAAAAAACAGCUGAAGCUUCUUGACGAGGGGUCGAGUGACGGAAAUCUCGACGUCGACGGCACCGAAUCAUCUAAAGCUUCCAAGACCGAUGCUGAACCCUCUCGAACAAGUUCAAAUUUGAAACGAUCACUUAGUGGCAAAGGCAAAUCAUCAAAAAAAAGUAAAAAACGUAAGGUCAGUGAUGAUAAUAAUAAAUCAGAAAUGAACCAGGCAGUGGUAACUCCUGCAACAGUAACCUCAAACGCCGAUCAUCAUAUAUCUAUUACUGAAUCAGAAGCUCAACUUGCCCUCAUCCCAUCAUCUCCCUUAGAUAAAAAUAAUUCUCAAGUGAAAACUGAUAGGUCAACUUCGAAAAAAGAGAAAAAAUCCCGCAAGACAAAAGAGAAAGAGUCGUUUCUCAAUAAAAUAAGUGACGACGUCGAUUGGCUGAAAGAGCAUCAUACCGGACUAGAGUCUUUUAUUAUUGAAAAUCUAACGGCAAACUUAGAAAAUUGGAACCAAGUGAAACAUGUACAACAAGCUCCAUCAAACAAUCCAAAUCUCACGAUUGAAGAUAUCAAUCGUCCUCCAGCGGUUGGAUAUGUGCGCGUUGACACCAAUAUGAUCCACUUAGGUCAAAACGUAUGGCUACCAAAACAAAGCUAUGAUGAUGCAGUUUAUAAUGCUGCAACAAAUUCAAUGUUUGUGAAAAAUAUUGCAAUGGCAGUCUUUGGUUCUCAAUAUUUAAAAGAGCACAGUGUAAAAGGCAAAAGUUGCAACAAAACGAAGAGCAAACCAAGGCCAGCAAUUGAUCUUACCAAGGCUCUAGCUGUACGAGAUAUAUUUGAGUAUUAUUUAAAGACUAACAAACAGUUGAUUGGAUCGAAUUUGUUGUCAGAGAGAGACACGUACGAAGACCACAUCAGAGCAAAAAUUUCAGAUUUACUCCGACCACCGAAAACAUCUAAGCCAAAGGUUCCUAAAGUACCACCGAAGACUAUGGAAUCUAGUAGCAGUAGCUAUGAAAGCUCUGUUGGCUCCGAUGACGAGAAGAAUACAGAAGAAGAGAUGCAAAAAGAAGAUGCAGCAGAAGAAAGUAGUGUAGAGUAA